ACAAUACUUCAGUUUCAGUAUUUGAGCUGGUUUCCAUGGAUUUGAAGCAGAAUAACAAUACGGCAGUUCUAGUUGAUCAAGCGCCUGUUAGCAAAUCCAGACUGGCUAUAUCUUCUAGUUUGCCAGCAUGCUCACCACCAUCAGCAACCUUCUCUUCUGGUUUGUAUUUAACAAUCCCCAAAAAAAUUCCUACGCCCAGCAAGUUUGAUGAGAUCAAUCUAGGUGUCUUUGUUGAUGCUAUGAAAUCAUCAUCUCCUCGUAAAAAUCACGAGGAUAUCAACUUCGAAGAUGCAUCCAAGGACACUAAUUCUGCAUAUCGCACCUGGGUGAAAAAAUAUCCUUCAGCUCUUACAUCCUUCGAGCAAAUCACAAAUUACGCCAAGGGAAAAAAGGUAGCACUGUUUUUGGAUUAUGAUGGAACUCUUUCACCUAUUGUGGAUAAUCCCGACAAUGCGUUUAUGUCCAGUGCGAUGCGCUCCGCUGUUAAAGAUGUUGCUAAAUUCUUUCCAGCUGCGAUUAUCAGUGGAAGAAGUCGUGAUAAGGUUUACGAAUUGAUUGGACUGAAAGAACUUUUCUAUGCUGGUAGCCAUGGCAUGGACUUGGCUUGCCCAGUCAAAAAUUCCAACUCAUUAUUUAGCCAUCACAGUUGCAUUAGGCGUAAUUAUAAGCAGGGCAAGGAACCAAACUUGUUCCAACCUGCAAGCAAGUUCUUACCAAUUAUCAAUGAGGUUUUUAAAUGUCUCAUCGACAAAACCAAGGACAUUAAAGGGUCAAAAGUUGAGAAUAAUAAGUUUUGCUUAUCUGUUCAUUACCGCCUCGUGGAUGAGAAGAAUUGGACUGUAAUUGCCCAGCGCGUACAUGACAUCCUCAAGAACUAUCCUCAUCUGCAAUUAACACAUGGGCGGAAGGUUUUAGAAAUCCGCCCUAUAAUUGAUUGGAAUAAAGGGAAAGCUGUCAACUUGUUGCUUGAAUGUCUAGGAUUGAAUGGUCGAGACGAUGUCCUUCCCAUUUAUAUCGGAGAUGAUCGUACUGAUGAGGAUGCCUUCAAGGUUUUAAGAGAACUGAAUAGAGGUUAUGGUAUUCUGGUUUCUUCAGUACCAAAAGAGACUGAAGCUCACUACUCACUGAAAGACCCAUCCGAGGUGAUGGUGUUUCUCAGAUCUCUCGUGAGAUGGAAAAAUUCUCAAAUAGCAUUGGAUUGAUCUACCCGAUAUUUUCUAUCUAAUCUAGCCAAAAAAUAGAGAAAUUAAUAAGGAUCAAAUAUAAUAUUAAUAGUUUAAUACCUGACUACCACUUGUGCUGAAUUUAGUUGUUUUGUUUUUGCAGAACUAUUGCAAUAUUGUUGUGAUUACUAUAUCAAUUAUGUUUUUGGUUUAA